AGAUAUAGCGGACCGUCCACUGUGCGAGGAUUGAUGCACCUCCUUACCUGAAUAUGUUUACUAGGAGCAUGCUUUUCCAGACGAUUGGAGAGCCUACCUAUCGCUGUUUCCCACCCAUGGAUAGUUGUGGGAAACGAGAACUCAUCCAAAAUGGCUUGCAUUAAACGGGGCUUUUCUCUACUCGAAGCGGCACAUGGACACCCGCUCACUUGCGGGUUAGGGUUAUCUGCCAUCACGUGGAUUCGCGAGACACUUUCGCGUCUCUCCAAUUUAUCAGCAUCGUCAUCGGCGAACCUCCCGGUGACAUCCAGACCACAACCUCCAAUACGCGACUCCGGACACGCUCCUUUCCACCACUUUCCACCAACUCUUUCAACCAUCAACACCACCGAUUGUAGUCGAAACAUCACAAGAACCAAAACCGCACCAAUGUCCACCCAAUUGAACGCGGGAAUCCCGCUCUCCCACGCGCCCGACGGCGUAGGCUACAAACUCCUCGAACUUCCCCCAGAGCUAGUUGAUCUUUUGGAAUCGGAAAAUCCGCCCACUCUAACCCUCCACCCCUCCCCCACCGCCGCCCUCCUCAAAACCACCAUCAACGGGCUUCCCAAGACUUACUCCCUUCGACAAAAGAACACUUCCAACGGGCUCAUUCUUUUAUCCCCAUUUACUACUACUCAAACUGCACCACAACCACAAUCACAGCCAGAUAAUGAACAGACAACAACAGAACCGGGAGACGAGAUGGACAUAGAACAAGAACAAGAACAACGACACCAACAAGAAGAAGAAAAAGGGAUGGAAAUACCUAUCCCAGGCCUCCGAACAUUAACUACCCUCCAUGAAACGAUCGAGUUAGUCCCUGAAGCGGAAGGCGCUAGUGCGCCGGCUGUGAAGGCGAGGGGGAAGUGGCAUGAGAAGUUUGCACGGGGGCGUUAAUACAGGUGAUGUCCAUGGUUUCGUGGAUGUUUUUGUAACGUUUGGGAGGAGGCUGUGGUAGUGGUGCGUUUUGAGAAGAACCUGUGAUACCCUGGGAGGAAGAAAAAAAAGAUUUUGGAUUAAAAAAAAGGGCAAGAGCGAGAUGUUCUGGUUCGAGUCAAGGGCUGAAAACGGUUGGUUGU